AUGACACCAAAUCUAAUUAGAUGUGGAAGUGUGAUUUUUCGAAUGACAAGAUAUACUUCAAACCAUAAUUUAAGGGCAUUGCUUCAAAGUCCAAGACGUACUUCAUUAUUUGUCAGAUCUUUUACUGGAGAUAAAAUACCUGAAGAUGAUUAUUUCAAACUGGAACUUUGUUCUGAAGAAGACAAUCAAGACAAUCAUGACUACAAAGAUCUAGUUCAUAGAAUGCAUCUUUUUCCAAGCAUAGGAAAUCAAGUUGUUAUUGUUCAGCCAUUUGUGAAAUGGGGACCCAAAAAAAAUGAAUUAACAACACCAGAUUUAAUGUUGGAAGAAGCAAAAGGCCUUAUUGAUUCUCUCCCUAAUUGGAAAUGUAUUGAUGCAGUGAAAAUUCCCGUAGAAUCGCUUGAAAAGAAAAAUGUUUUUGGUAGUGGCCAGUUCGAAAGUUUGCAAAAAAAAAUCGGUAAAAAUCCCAAUAUAUCGGCAGUUUUUGUCAAUGUUAAUCUUCUCCGAGGGAUUCAAAGAAAAGAGUUGACGACAGCCUUCAGAGUUCCCGUUUAUGACCGAUACUCAAUCGUGCUACAAAUCUUCAAAGAAAGGGCCAAAACGCGAGAAGCUAAACUACAAGUAGCUUUUGCUGAAAUACCAUAUUUGAGGUCUUGUUUAGUCGGACUCCAAAAAGGAACGAAAAGUGACGGGAGGGGAUACGGAACUUUAGUAGGAGAUGGGGAAUCAUAUUACGAGUCUAAGCUUCAUUUGCUAGAAAGGAGAGAGCUUAAAAUAAAAAAAGAAUUAGAAAAAAUGCAUAAAAAGCGUUCGCUUUUGAAAUAUGAAAGAAAGAAGAGAGAAUUCCCAGUUGUUGCAAUAGUAGGAUAUACCAAUUCGGGGAAAACUACCUUGAUUAAGUCUUUAACUGGUGAUUCUAACAUACAACCACGGAAUGCUCUUUUCGCUACUUUGGAUGUAACUGUUCACGGGUUUAAGUUACCUUGCAACUUAACGGUAUUACUGAUAGACACCGUAGGGUUUAUUUCCAAUAUACCCUUGAACUUGAUUGCUGCCUUUAAAGCUACACUUAAUGAUGCGAUCGAUGCUGAUAUGAUAAUACAUUUACAAGAUGCGAGUCAUCCCGAUAAAAGAAAUCAGAUCGCAACCGUUAAUGAUACGCUUAAGCAAUUAAACAUUGAUGCAGCUAAAAUCAUUCUUCAAGUAGAGAAUAAGAUCGAUAGCAUCAAAACGGAAAAUCCUCCCUCUUCAUGCUUACGAAUUAGCGCAAAACAUGGAACUGGAUUGGAUGAAUUGGUUGAACGAAUUCAGUCAAAGUUAUUAGACGUUACAAGUCGUAAGCUUUUAAGGUUUAUGGUGCCCAACGGGGGAACUGAAUAUAGCUGGUUGCAUAAAGAAGCUACUGUGGUUAACUAUUCUCAUCCUAAAGAUCCUCAGUAUCUAAUUCUUGAUGUUUUGGUGACACCAGCUAUUUUUGGGAAACUUCGUUCCAAUUACCCUAACAUUAGAAUGUUAAAUAAAUGAAAGAGUUUGUUUCACUUCCAGAUGGCUGUAUUUAGAAAAAUACACAGUGAUUAAGAA